UGAAGACUGUACUUCGUGCACCUUAGAUGGGAAUAUUUGAUAGGUUCUACCAUGGUUGGCUGGGUUUGAUCAUGUUUGACCAUGUUUUAACAUUCUGAUGGCUACAUGUUCGACACAGUUGAUAUACGUUGUUUAUGAUGGGCAAUGGAAAAAACAUGAGAAUGGAGACUACACGUUUGAAGGAGAUAAAAAAUUGUUGCUUUUGGUUGGGAUGCAUCCAAUACGGACUUUGAUUCAUUUUUGGAAUGUUUGUGUGAGGAAACUGGUUAUAAAAAAGGUACUCAUUCGUUGAAAGUCUCAUUACAAAUGUCACGGUUUGACCUAUGUGAUCCUAUGUAUGUCGCAUAUGCCGAAACCAUUUAUCCUGUCACAAGAGAAGAAGAAUGUGAAGCCAAUGAUGAAGUCCAAUUGGAAAUUCAUCCACCUAUAAUUUCUAGGAAGAGAGGAAGGCCUACGAUGAAAAGAUUUCCAUCCGUGGGUGAGCAUAGGAAGAAAUGGCAAUUGACGUGUUCGGGGUGCAAAAAGAAAGGACAUACCUUAAGAACUUGUAAACAUCAGUUGCCUACUGUGAAAAUAGUAAAUGACUCUACUCUGGAAACACUGGAUGAGUUGUAAUUUAGUUUGUACUA